UUCCGUUUCCGGAUCCAAACACCCGUGUUCAACAUGCCGCAGUGCUGUGUUCCUUUUUGUUUUAACUAUUCUGGAUCAAAAAAAAACACGAAUUUGUCAUUUCACCGCUUUCCUUGUGACGAGAAAGAGAAGCAGAAGUGGCUGCACGCGAUAAGCCGUCUUAACUUCACCCCAAACUGCAACUCAAGAGUCUGCAGCUGGCAUUUCCCUGAAGGAAAAGCUGCGGGGCCAACAAGAUUUGCAUGGAACGAGGAGUCUUUUCACUUCUCAGAUGAAGAAAAACACCCUGUGCAUAAAAAGAAAAAAGAACAGGCCCCAGCUAGUGGUGAAAAUCAGUGUGAAAGAUCAGAUGAGCUACAUCACUCCAACAAUGCAGAUACACAGACAGCUACUGCAAGCUCCUCAAGUUCUUCCAGCAGUCUUGUGGUGCUUGAGAUUGAGAAUGAUAUGCUAAGACAAGAGAAUGAAAAGCUAAAAAAACAAUUGGAGAAACAGAAGCAGACGUUCUCAUUCAGUCAAAUAUCUGACAAUCCUGAAAGAGUCCAGUACUAUACUGGAUUGCCCGAUACUGCUACUGUCCUGUUUUUAGAAUCCCUUCUUUCCAAAUUUGAGCUCAAAUAUCAUUCUGGUUGGACUGUCCAAAUGUUGCCCAUAGUGGACCAGUUAUUACUAACCCUAAUGAAGCUCAAACUUGAUUGUGGCCAUGUAGACCUUGCAACAAGGUUUACCUGCAGCACAGCCACAGUAACUAACAUUUUCACAACAAUUGUUAGUGCACUGCACGACAUUUUGUAUGUUGGCAUGUUGGAAAAAAACAUUGCCUCGAGAGCCAAGAAUCAGACAUCGCUGCCGGAUUGCUUCCAGCCAUUUCCUAACUGCAGGAUUGUGCUUGACUGCACAGAAGUUUCUGUUUCUGGCAGAGAGAGUCGUGACACACAAAGUUGUUUGUAUAGCCAACGCAAAGGACGGAUCAUACUCAAGGCUCUAAUUGGUGUGGCUCCAAAUGGUGUAAUAACCUUUGCAAGCAACUUGUACAGUGGAAAAACCUCAGAUAAGGCGAUAACAGCUGACUGUGGAGUACUGCGACAUUUACAACCAGGUGACAUGGUCAUUGCAGGUAAGGACUUCACAAUUCAGGACAUCCUCCCAGAGGGGGUCUCGCUGAACAUUCCGUCUGUCAGCGGACAGUUCGCACGGCAGGAAGUGAACAAUAACAGGCUGAUCUCCUCUGCAAGAGCACAUGUAGCACAUUCCAUUCAAAGACUGAAACGUUUCUCAAUUUUGAAUCUCGUCCCACAUCAGUACAAAACAAAUAUUAAUAAGAUACUGAAAGUAUGUGUGUGUCUUACAAAUUUACAGACACCCGUUAUCCAUGAAACUGAAUGAAUUAGACCAGUGAAAGUGCAGAGGCAAAAUUACAUGGUGUCACUGUCUAACUACUUGUGGACCCGACAGUACAACUGUUGAAUAUGUUUAUUCUUAUUGUUUGUACCUUUUUAAGUAUUUUGGAUUGUUUUGUGGAUAUAGUCAGGAUGUUACAUCAUUUUUAGUUGCAUAGUUUAAAGUUGAAAAUUCUCAGUUGUAAUUGGUAAAAUGUUUAAUUUUACUCUAAGUGGUUUUUGUUUCAUCAGUGGCUUGUUAUAUUGUUCAUUUCAUUCCAGCUUCCUGAUUACUGCCCAGUUGUUUUGCUGAACAUUUUCAUUAAAAAUAAGGAAUACAA